UUUUUUAUUUAUUAUUAUUCUAAUUCUAUAACUAAUUAAAUCUAUUCUAAAUUCUAAUAGUUAAUUAAGUUAAAAUAUUAUACCUCAUUAAUUCUAUUUAUUGUUAUAUUCCUAUACAAUGAAAACAAAGAUAUCAAGUUUCCUGAAAAUGGCAAGAAUCAUGCGACCAUAUUAUGUACGUACAGCCACCACAUCGUCUACUGGAGCAUUAUUGCCUGAACCACAAAAAAUUCCAUUUGGGCUUGUGGGUAUAAUUUUUACAGUUGUGCCGGGGUUAUUAAUUGGAGCCACCAUUAGUAAAUAUAUGGCUAAUUUUCUAGAAGAAAACGAAUUGUUUGUUCCAUCAGAUGACGACGACGACGAUGACGAUUAAAAAUAUUUAACAAUAUUACAUAUUGGAUUUUAUCUUGAGAUGAUUGUUGUUUACAUUUUUAUCUAGCACAUAUAUUCUUUUGCCUUAAUGUUAUUGAACUACUUAAUUGAGUUUACAUCUACCCCCAAAAAAUUAUUUAUAGUUUAUUAAAUGUAUAUAUAGUAUAAAUAUAAUGAAUAGUUAUAACUAUUU